AGUUAUUCGUGGAAGUCAUGUGAUACAGGGAACGCUAUAAAUCAAGAAACAGGUCAAAAGAUUGGGGAAAUGUGCCCAACAAUUCAACGAAAUGUAACGUCCUACAAACCUCCUCAGGAAAGUGAAACACUCCGCUCUUAUAUUUUCACUCUGACUUGUUUUUCUCAACCUUGCAUCACCUCCAUUUCGGCUAAUUCCUUGUUCCCAGCAGAGAAACACUGGACCGGAUCAGACUUUAUCCUGGUUUCCCUUCAGGAACUGGGGCAGGCUGCACGGAUCAGACCUGUGAAACUUCUCCUCAACCAAAUUAACAGCAACAGAAAAAUAAAACAGGACUUUAAAAACGUCCUGCGACUUUGUAUUUUAAUCGUUUUGUGGCUACACUUCACACAAUUCACGAGAGUAAACUGAAGGUGCCCCGGUGGUCAAUUUCACUCAGCGAGGACAACACACGCCGAGAUCGAUGAUAACAACAAGCCUUCUGAUUGGUUCGAGCGUUGAGUGACAGCUGGAGGUUUGUCAGGAUGGGCAGGAAGUUGGAUCUGUCCGGGCUGACGGACAACGAGGCGGAGCACGUGCUGCAGGUGGUGCAGAGAGACAUGAGGCUGCGCAAGAAGGAGGAGGAGCGCCUCAGUGAUCUGAAGCAGGAGCUGGAUGAGGAGGGCAGUCGCUGCCUCCUGCUCUCACGGCAGAGCUGCUUCAACCGGCGCUGCUGCAUCCGCUGCUGCUCACCCUUCAACUUCCUCCUCAACCCAAAGCGCCCGUGCCUCGACUGCCACUUCAACGUCUGCAAGGCCUGCCGUGUCUACAGCAAGCGAGACAAAACCUGGCUCUGCUCCGCCUGCCAGAAGAGCAGGUUGUUGAAGACACAGUCACUGGAGUGGUUCUACACUAAUGUGAAGACGCGCUUCAAGAGGUUCGGCAGCGCCAAAGUGCUGAAGACUCUUUACAGGAAGCACCUGGCGGAGCACAGCGCACUUUCAGAGCUUACAGAGGGCAGCGGCUACGAGGAGAGUAUCUGCAAUGAGGGAAGCAUCAGUGGGAGCGACUCAGCCUUCUACAGACAAAUUGAAGAGCACAGCAUGGCAGAGACCCUCACUGUGGCCUUGCGGGUGGCAGAGGAGGCGAUAGACGAGGCCAUUUCCAAGGCUGAGUUCGAUACUGCCAGCCAGGAGAAGCAGAAUGAGGCUCUGUACCUGCGGGAGCACAGAGGACAGCUCGUUGAGGAACUGUCCAAAACUAUUGUGCAGAAAAUUAUUAGUAGGAGAAACACUUUGGCUGAGAUGAGGGCAGAAUAUGACCAGGUUUGGCCAAUUGAACACAACACUGACCUUCAUCAUCCUCAUCAUCAUCAUCAUCCUGACUGUGAUCAAGCCUCCAGCUCCAUUAAACACCAACCAGGCCUCUGGAGGUCACACUCUGCUUUCUCCCUGCUGGACAAUAAUCCUGCCGGUCGAAUACAAACCACUCAAUCGCUGAAGAAGGAGGGAGGCACACUGCCGACCUGGAAGAGUGUCGACCGGCUGGACAACGCUGCGGUGUCGUCGGUGCUGAAGAGUCCAGACGGGAACUGGAUCGCCCUGCAGAGCGCCCAGCUGUCCCGCCCCGGCCUGCUGACGAAGAGGAAGAGCCCGUUCUUCAGCGCCCUGGACAGGGAAGCUGAAGUCGUGUCCGCCUACGAGGGAGUGAGCUCCUUUAACGAAACCAAAGCCGACAGCUCGUGGGGCGGCGUCCUGCAGGAGAUCCACAGGAAGAUGGCCGACUCUAACUUCAACCUGCAGGACGGGAUCCCCUUCCAGCUGCCGGGCAGCAGAGACGACCUGCUCUCUGACUCGGAGGGCGAGAGGAAGCCCAGAUCUCUGCUGGCGCUCUUUAAGAGGAAGGUGCCCGCGGAGAUCAGGACACCUGCAUCCUCCAGGAGGACGAGCAUCAUCGACGUGAACUUUAACGUGGAGGGAAAUGGAGAGGAAGAGGAGAGAGAGGUGGCGGCAGAGCCAGAAGUUCUGAAAGUGAGGAGAUCCCGGAAGAAAAGAAGGAGUAAAAAACAGUUGUCUUCUUCUGUGCGGUCACAGGAUGACAGCGAGGAAGACGACCAUUACCAACAAACAUAUGAGGCUGCGACCCCGGACACUUUGACCUCUGGAGCCUCCACCCCUGAGUCUGAUGACCUUGAGAGUGACAUCACAGGAAGUGGAGCCAAUCAGACGGAGCAAGAGCUCACGUCAAAACCGCAUUUUUCUCAGUCCUCCAGCGGAGAAGAAGAGGGAGAAGAGGCUGAGGAUGGAGGAGCGAGAGAUGCUAGCGAUGAUGAACAGAGGGAGGAAGAGAGACAAGAAAGCGAGGACGGAUAUGAGGAAGAUGAGGGUCUUUGGAGGAUGGAGAUCGACCCUGAGGAAGGAAGAACAGAGGAAGACGAGGAAGGGGAUGAUGAAGAGAUGGAAAGCAGAUUGUACAGACUCGUCGCACACUCCAGACGAACAUACUUCUCUUCAACGGAUGACGAUUUAGACAAAGUUGGCCAGAGUGACGCGGAGUGUGACGAAGACAAGGACGAAGACGUGGAGGAGGAGAAGGUGGGGAGACUAAACUCAAAACUCUGUGAGCUAGAGAAAGAAGUCCGGGCCAACCAGUUCUCCUCCACAGAGGACGAGCUGGACAGAGCUGGAGUCAUGGAUGAAGAAGAAGAGAAGAAGGAGGUGACGGUGAAAGUGUGCAGAUUAGUCAACCAAGCCAACGCGACCUUGUUCUCUUCCACAGAGGACGAGUUAGACCGAGUAGGAAGAGGCGAAGAGGCAGAGGAAGCGAUGGAUGAGGAGACGUUGUGGAAGAUGCGGCAGGAACAUCUGGACGUCCAGAACACUCGACUCAGAGACCUGGCCAGCCUGGUCAGCGCCUCUCAGUUCUCUUCCUCUGAGGACGAGCUGGAGAGAGUUGGAGAGACUGAGGAGGAAGCAAAUGAAGAAGGAAUACAGAGGGAAGAGGUUGUGGGAGACCUGAGAGAGUCAUUUGAAGAUUUAGACGUGGACAUGUUUGAUGUAAUGGGUGAAAAUGAGGAAAGAAAGACGGAGAGUAGUGAUGAAGACGUUAAAGAUCGAACAGAGGUAAAGGAGGGUCGCAUGCAGGAGAGAGUACCAGCUGAGGAUGAAAAGGUGGUCAAGGAGUACAUAUGUGACGAAGAAGUAGAAGUUUUGGAAGAGGAGGCGGUUCAAAAAGCACAGGGCUUAGAGAGGAGACAAGAGAUGGAGGUUGAAACAGUCAUACAAGCGGAGAAAACAGAGGAGGUCAUCUUAAACAAGGCACAAGUCCAACCAGUGGAUGAAAAAGUGGCGAAGCAACAAGACAAACAGGAAGUAGAAGACAAACAGGAAGUAGAAGACAAACAGGAAGUAGAAGAGAAACAAGAAGAGGGAAAUAUCAACGAAGAAAGUCAGGACGCAGAAACAGACAGCGAUGUGGACGACGCAGAGUUUGAGAGGAUCAUCAGCAGCAUGUUGACGAUGACUUUGGAAGACAUGCAGGUCGGGACAUUAGAGGACGCAUCAGAGGAGACAGGAAAGGAGUUGCAGAGUGGAGGCGACGUCAAAGGAAACGAGCAAAUUGGGCGAGACGUUUCCAGGAAAAAGGAGAGUGAAGAUGCUACAGGCGGGAAUGAGAAUGAGGGGGAAGACACAGAUGUACAAGAAGGACACAUAAAUGCAUCCAUGGAAGAGACACCUGAGGUCAAACAGACAUGUGAGAGAAUAGAAGUGGGUGAUGAGGAACAAGAGGGAAGAAGAGGAACAGUCCUGAAGGAGGGGACAACAAUGGAGACACAGGGGGAUCGUGAAGUUAAAGAAACAGAUGAGAGACGUGAAGAAACCAAAGAAAGUGUGGAGGACAUGGAGCAGAGCAGCACGUCUUCUCUCCACGGUCUACUGUCCCCUGAGGAGAUUCAAAAUAGGUACUCGGCGGUGUCUCUGCACAGCAUCACCACGGAGGUCCUGAAGGUUUUGAAUGCCACUGAGGAGCUGCUGCUGCAGGGGGGAGGAGACGGCCCCCCACCCUGCACCCCGCUGCCCCCCCACACCGACCCCAAGAAACUGGACCAGCAGUUCUCCAGACUGGAGGAGAACGUGUACGUGGCGGCUGGAGAGGUGUUCAGUCUGGAGGCGGAGCUUGGAGACCUGGAGGAGGUCGCCCGCGGAGUCUGCAGCGACACGCCCGGCCUGGAGCUCAGCUUCCUGGAGGAGCAGGUCGCCUCGGCCGCCGCCAGGGUGCAGCAGUCUGAGCUGCAGAUUUCUGACAUAUCGGCCAGAAUUGCUGCUCUGAAGAGUGCGGGCCUGAAUGUGGACACACAGCAGGCCCGCUUCACCAAGACCCGGACCGUUCCAUUUAUGCCGGUCACUGUGGACUCAUCGAGGCAGCAGAGGAGGAGACUUCCUGCUCCACCUGUCAAAGAGGAAAAGGAGGAAAACUAAGUCUCUGAGCGAGACCUCAGCAGUGCCUUCGCCUGCUCCUGCAGGACAGCGUGCCUUCAAUUAUUUCAUUUAGACUAACAUGCCUCAAAUAACACAGGAUCAGCGCUGUGUGUCCCUGAAACUGUUUAUCCUGUCAACUGUUCAACAUGUACAGUAGAUAUAUCUACCGUAUAACAGCUUGAGUUAACCUGGUGCAGAGGAGAGGGUUAACCCUUCAGCUCUGGAGAAAAUCACUAACAUUUGACUUUUAAAACUCUUUUAGAUUUCCACAAAGUGGGAUAAACUGAAAUGAUUACACUAGUGUAUUACAGCAGAGGACAAGAAAUCUUGUUUUAAUGAAAAUAUUCUAUUUAGAUUCAUUUUUAACAUCAGUAGUAGUCCAUUUACCUUGCUGAUGAAAACAGCGAUACAAACAUUGUAUAAUGACUGAAAAGACACUGAAGUCGUCUAAAACCUGCAUUUACACAAUUUUUACCGUUAUACCAUAAAUAUACAGAUACAUGGGAAAUAAUGUAGACAAGUAUUGCUGCUAGACUGUAUCAUGUGUAAAAUAAAUAUAGAUAUGUAUGUUUGAAAUGUAAUGUACAUCAAACCAAUCAGUAUAUGUUGUUUUCUGCCUCUAUUACUUAGUUCAGAAAAUAAAGUAAACUCUAAAAAGACCCUUUGCCUUACUGUAUGAAUGUUUCUCUCCGAGGUAAACAGCAGUGAGACGCUGUGCUCCGAUGAAGGUGGGUGUAAUGGUGAGGAAUGUAGCCUGUAUUUUUGAGAUGAGGAUGUGACACCCGAACAUGAGAUUCCUGCUUGUGAAGAAGGUGUG